GGAGUCUGAAGAGGAGAUUCCUCCCGUUGUUCUCGUUCCAGAAGACAUGGACGGAUCGUUGCCGGAGACCGAAGUGGAGGACAAACCUGAACAAGGUGAUUCAACGGUGGAAAUCCCACCGGAAACCACCGAAGGAGACACAGAACCUGAAGACAAAACCUCAGAAUAUGUUCCUGAAGAUGAAGAUCAGAGUGAAACGUCUCCAGAACUCGUGGUUGAAGAGUUUCCCACCGAGAAACCGGACGCACCGGUUGAAGACGACGGGGUCCAGGCUGGAGGUGUGGAGGACGUCGUAGCAGAGGCUGCAGGAGAGGGAACCCAGGAACCUCUGGAGGUCACUAAAGAACCUCUGGAAGUCACUAAGGAACCUCUGGAGGUCACUAAAGAACCUCUGGAAGUCACUAAGGAACCUCUGGAGGUCACUAAAGAACCUCUGGAGGUCACUAAGGAACCUCUGGAGGAAACUGAAGAACCCACCCAAGGGUCCGAUCUGGAGGUCACGACCAAAUACGUGGAGGAAACCAACAACGGGAACUUCCCCCACGAGGUGGAAGACGAUGACAACCUGCUGGGAAACAACGGCUUCCUGUUGGAGGACGACGAGCAGAACUCGAUCGGUAAUGAGAUCGGGGAGACGCUGGUCCGGCCCUCGCGGCCCCUGAAGGACCAGGUGGUGGAGCUGAGACUCAAGCUGAGGGAGGAGUCCUACAACGAUGCCCUGAGGGAUCCCAGCAGCCUAGAGUUCCAGCUGCUGGACCGAACCUUCAAACGCAGGAUUGAAGACGCUUUCGAGAGGCUGCCGGGCUUCAAGAACGUCUACGUCAUCGAAUUCAGACCUCAGAAGGAUCUGGAACGGGGUCUGGUGGUGCAGGUCCACUACGCCAUCACCCUGGAGGUGGAGGCGGACGCUAGCGUGGCUAACGACACGCUGGACUUCAUCACGCUGCAGAACAAUCUGGUGGAGAAAAACUACCCGGCGGCGGCGGAGACGCCGACCGUUAUCUACACCAUCACUGACUUCCGCAACUACAUCACCGAGGCGCUGCACAAGGACAUGGACCACUUCCUUAGCAACAGCAGCCUCGACAACGCAGCAGAAAACGUCCUUCCCUCUGCGAAGCCGACGAGUCGACCAGAUGACGAAUACAACAACAUGGACAACAUCCUGGCUGCAGAGAAACCUCCCGACGCUCCGAGCCACGAGGCCGACACUAACGUCUUCAUGAAGGAGGACUUCCUGUCCGACGCUUUCGACCAGUGGAAGGUUCCGCAGAGCGAUACGAUGAGCGAGAACGACGUGUUCAUGUUCGACGAGAGCACGGCCUCGCCGCCCGACACUAACUUCCCCAAGAAGAGCCUGGAGCUGGAGCUGACAGACAAAGACGGUGAGGAACGACUCUCUGGUCGGAAAAGUGGAGGAACUGUAGAUGUUAGAGGUUUAAAUCCCUCUGAAGGAAUCACUCAGCAGCUGAACUGUGGUUGA